UAACGGUAUUUUUGUUUUCCCAAAUCAAAAUUCUAAUAUACUCCCCAUUUAUUCUUAAAAUUGCUCUCUUUGUCCAUGUUGAAUGCUAUGGAUAACAACAGCACAAGUCAGGAGAACUUCUGGCCACCCAAUUUCUGGAAUCAAAUAAUAAUAGCAUUUUCGGUUUCUAUGGUCAUUGGACUUGUUAUUGGAAGCAUAAUCUGGGCCCUUUUGACUUGCCUGUCUGGCCGUAGAGCCAGUGCCCACAUUUCCCAGUGGAGCACCUCAUCAUCCAGCCGACGUACCAGAGCUGCUCAUGGCUGUGUGGCCAGCAGGCCCGGAUUCUAUCGCAACAGCAGCUGUGAGCGUCGAAGCAAUCUCAGCUUAGCCAGCCUCACUUUCCAAAGGCAAGCGUCUUUAGACCAGGAUAAUUCUUUCCCAAGGAAAUCAAGUUUUCGGGCCUCCACAUUUCACCCUUUUCUCCAAUGCCCUCCACUUCCUGUGGAAACUGAGAGUCAGUUGAUUACCCUGGUCCCCACCAGUACCACCACCACACUUACUGGAAUUUCCACCAACAGCUUCACUCAUCCAGAAUUCACUUGGUCAAAUAACAGUCUUCGUGUCUGCCAUUCAACACAAACUCCGCCUCCUGCCUAUGACUCUAUCAUAAAGGCUUUCCCAGACUCUUGAAUUCAAUUCAUGAAUCUCGAUUCUAUGAUUUUCUUAUGGGCUGUUGAAAAUACCUGGGAAGCUUGCUAUGGCCCAAAGGAACUACAGUGCCGGGACAGGAGGGAUCUAGUGAAACCUGAGCAGAUGGUGUGGUAUCUGGAUGUUCCUCAACUUUGAAGAUCUUUCUCACGAUUGUAGCUACGUCUGCAGUAUUAAUGCGUUUUUAUAAUUAACUUUGCUUAUUAUGCAUUGUCUUUCAUUUAGACAAUACAAAAUGGCUUGCAGUACAGACACAAAGCAUAAACACAAAAGUAAAUAUCCUGCUAUUAAUUAGAACAUAGGGGCAUUUUCUCUUUUAAAAUGGGAUUUUAAUUUCAAAACCUUUUUCCCUGGGAAUGCGAAUUUCCAGACUUGAUUUUUCCUGUGAUGUCUAUAUCAGUUACCAAUACAGUAUAUGGAUGCAGACUCUUCACUAAUUCUUCAGCAGAAAUCUAAGUUACUUCAUGUAUUACUUUUGCAGAGCCAAAAGGGUUUUGAUUUAUGUGUUUAGAAAUAACUACGUCAAACCACACCCUGAUUAAGGCUGGGGGCCAAUUCCCACUUCCCUAAUGUAAAUCUUACUGAGUCUAUAAAUUUUUGCUUCUGAGGAAUCGAGGAACUGCUGAAAGAAAACCAAUUACUUUUUGGUUCUUCUUCUUCUUCUUAACCUGUUUGAAAAUUGCUGUGAGGUCUUUUUCCCCAAAGGAGAAGUGGGUAUAGAUUCCUGUACAUAUUUUAGUAAUGAGGAAGCUGACAGGUGUGUCUUUCAUUCUGCCUUUUCUCCGGUGGUUUGCAUCAUGCAAGGCCUUCCAUGCCUCAUUUCAGUCCACUUUCUGCCCAUUUGAAGGCAAUAGCCUUCAAACAUAUUUGAAAACAUCAUUUAAAAAAAAACCAAAUGAAUCUUGAGGAUGGGGGUAAAAAAGGGAAUAUGUAAGAUCCCUUUCCUAUGUGUGAUGACUUGGAAAUAUGCCCCAUCAUUAAGAUAUUUAUAGAAUAGAAUACAGAGUAACAGAGUUGGAAGGGGCCUUGGAGGUCCUCUAGUCCAGGGGUCUCCAACCUUGGCAACUUUAAGACUUGUGGACUUCAAUUCCCAGCUUUGCUGACUGAGGAACUCUGGGAGUUGAAGUCCACAAGUCUUAAAGUUGCCAAGGUUGGAGACCCCUGCUCUAGUCCAAUCGCUCACUUGAGCAGGAGACCUGUACCAUCUUUUCUUGAAAACUUCCAGUGAUGGAGCAUCCAGAACUUCUGCAACUUUCUGCUGAAUUUGAUGGAGCUUGGUGCUGAACAUGGACACAAGGCUACAAUCUUAGCACAAUUCCAAACCACCCUGUUUGAUUAACAAAUUAACAGAGUUGGAAGGGACCUUCUAGGUCAUCUAGUCCAACCCCCUGCCCAAGCAGGAGACCCUACACCAUUCUGACAAAUGGCAGUCCAAUCUCUUCUUGAAAGCUUCCAGUGAUGAAGCUCCCACCACUUCCGAAGGCAAAGCUGUACCAUUGGUUGAUUGUUCUCAAUGUCAGAAAAUUCCUCCUUAUUUGUAGGUUGAAUCUCUCCUUGGUCAGUUUCCAUCCAUUAUUCCUUGUCUGGCUUUCAGGUGCUUUGGAAAAUAGCUUGACCCCUUCCCCUCAUCACCCUCACUGCCCACUCAGGGAUUGGAAGACCUUCUCCACCAGAAGGCACCAUGGCAUUUCCACCACUGUUUGGAUUUCCAGUCCCUCGAGAAUAGUUGAAGAAAGAUUGCCAACUUCUAUUUCUGUGGAACUUGAAAUGCAGAGAGCCGUAGCUGUUGUACAGAACAGUAGCUGAGCUUUUACUCUGGAAGGGGGUUGGACAGGGGGGAGAAACAAAAUAGUUGGAAGGCAGAAAACGCUUCCUGCAAAAUAGCAAUAGCAAUAGUACUUAGAGUUAUAUACUGCUUCAUAGUGCUUUAAAGCCCUGUUUUAGCCGUUUACCGAAUCAGCAUAUUGCCACAACUAUCUGGGUCCUCAUUUUACCAACCCUGGAAAGAUGGAAGGCUGAAUCACCCUUGAUGAUCCUGCAGCACUUCCAGUGAAAACCUCAGCAUGGCUGCAGUUUCAGAUACCUCACAGCUGAGCCAACAAUACAUCAACCCCAUUCCCAAACUGAGCCUAUAUAAUGAGAUCAGACACAUCUAAAGUGCCUUCUGACUUGUCCUUGUGUGGCCUGAAAAUAAUUAAUGGAAGAGGUUUCUCAAAGUACAAUAUUUAUUUUCAGAACACAAAGACAUACAAAUGCCAUUCUUUGUUGUGAACAAGGGGUUUACAGUAUUUCUCCCAGGCCUUCCUAUACUACCAAUGAAAAUGAAUUCAAAUGGACCUCCCUUUAAAUUUUCUGUUGUUUCCAUCAUUUCCUGAGUUUGUGUGCAGCAUUUUGCAACCAAUACUGAUUGCAAAAUGGAAGCAAUAAAGCCUUCUUCAGGUAUGCAUUUGAACUUGAGGAGAACUUCAUACUUAAUCAAGUUCUGAACCAGGGGUGAAAUCCAGCAGGUUCUGACAGGUUCUGGAGAACCAGUAGCAGAAAUUUUGAAUAGUUCAGAGAACCAGCAGUGGAAAUUUUGAGUAGGUUGGAGAACCGGCAAAUACCACAUCUGGCUGGCCCCAGAGUGGGGUGUGAAUGGAGAUUUUGCAAUAUGCUUCCCACAGGUGUGAGGAGGGAAUGGGGAUUUUGCAGUAUCCUAAUCCUGGAGUGAAGAGAGAAUGGAGAUUUUGCAGUAUCCUUCCCCUGCCACACCCACCAAGCCAUACCCACCAAGCCACGCCACGCCCACCAAGCCACGCCCACAGAACCGGUAGUAAAAAAAAAUGGAUUUCACCACUGUUCUGAACCCAUAAGAGUUUUAAUAAAUGCCCCAGGUUCACCUGUUGCUUUCUCUGACCACCUUGGUUUUAGUUGGGUGAUCUGAAGGAGAUGUACCUGCAUUUGCUUGAAUGAAAGCAUCUUUCUUUGUGGCAUUAUACUCCAUUAAAUAUUCAAAUCACAUUGAUAGAUGUUUUUAUGUUCAAGCAAGCAUCUGUCAUUCAGACCUCCAAGCUGAACACAUGAAAUAUGAAAGAAACUAGAGUAGGGCCACUUCUUUGAUUGAUUUAUUGUCCUUGAUUUAUUCAUACCUGAGAAGGGCAAACCCACCUUCACAUUCAUGAUUGAGAAACAGCAAGUAUGUAUGUUGAUGUUAGGGUGUGACUAUCAAACAGUGUUCCGUGCGCCUUUGGUGUUGAGUCAUGCUGGCCACAUGACCACGGAGACGUCUUCGGACAGCGCUGGCUCUUCGGCUUUGAAAGGGAGAUGAGCACCGCUUCCUAGAGUCAGCAACAACUAGCACGUAUGUGCGAGGGGAACCUUUACCUUUACCUUUAUCAAACCACAAACUUCCUUUUUUUGUGAUUGUAGCCUGAUUUUGCAAAAUGACAAUGCUCCUUGUGAAUGUUAGAGUCCUUUAUGCAUUAUAUCUAUACAAUGGGAAUCUUUUAUUGUCCAGUGAGCUGAAUGGUAUCUUCAAGGAGAAUGUUAAAUUUGUGUGUGUGGGAGGGGUUGAUCAUAAAGAGUAAUUUAAAAUCACAGUUGAUAUUCCACAUGUAACUUCUAAUUUUCAUAAGUAGCUUGUGGGAAGACAUCUUUCCUUACUAUAAUUCAGCCCAAAUACUGACAGAAAUCUCCCUUUAUGUGUAUAGUCAAGUUAGGAAAGCUGAAGCAUAAAUUCUUUAUUUCAUAACAAUUGUGAAAUAAUUGUCUAUUGGUAUAUGUUUAAAACAUUUUAGAAUCUGUAUCUCAUGAGUGCUGUGGAUAUGAUGCAAUUUAAAUAAAUUUCUG